GCUUGUUCAGUUUCUCUGUGCCUUUAGCUCCAAAACCUUGUAACCUUUCCUCAGAGCUCUCAGCUGAAAACUGAAAGACUAUGAAUUCACUUAAACUUUCCAAGAGUUGUUAUCAAUCACGAUUUCUUCCUAACCUCCACAAAAAGAUGGUAAAACAAACCACUAUUGCUCCAAACAAGCUGGUUCACGGAAGAAAGCUAGCAGUGAGGGCAUGCGGUGGACUAGAAUCUGAAAAGAAUUCGGAAAGACGUAGUUUCUUGAGUCUUGAAGAAGCUGGUCUAGUUGAAAUGUCCGGUAUUAGCACCCAUGAAAGGUUCCUAUGCCGUUUAACGAUAUCAUCAUUAAACCUCUUAAGAGUUAUAUCAGAGCAAGAAGGGUGUACAAUUGAGGAGCUGAAUGCUGGGAGGGUAUGCGACUGGUUUUUGAAGGAUAAGCUGAAAAGAGAGCAGAAUAUAGAGUCCGCAGUGCUUCAAUGGGAUGAUUCUGAACUCCAAUUUUGAGCCUUUUUACUCUUCUCUUUAUUUAAUUAACAAAAAGGCUCAUUUAGGGAUAUCAUGGGAUUGAGUUAUAGUGUUGUUUGUGACUAUACAUGCUUUGUGCGUAACUGUCUUUUCCAUUAGAGCACCAUAUUGAUCCAGUUUCUAUGA